AUGACGAUGUUGUUGGAGGACGUCGUUCGAUCCAUUGAACUAUGGCUUCGUCUCUUGAAGAAGCCCCAAUCCCAAACCUACAUCAACCCUAAUCUCGAUCCUGUUUUAUUGGUACCCGGCGUUGGUGGAUCAAUUCUUAAUGCUGUUAAUACCGACGGUAGCCAGGAACGUGUUUGGGUUCGGUUUCUGUCUGCUGAGUAUAAGCUGAAAACUAAGCUUUGGUCACGUUAUGAUCCUUCUAGUGGUAAAACUGUAACGAUGGAUCCGAAAUCGACGAUUGUGGUUCCUGAAGAUAGGCAUGGACUCCAUGCGAUUGAUGUUUUAGAUCCUGAUUUGGUAGUUGGAAGUGAGGCUGUGUAUUAUUUCCAUGACAUGAUUGUUCAAAUGCAGAAAUGGGGGUAUCAAGAGGGGAAGUCACUUUUUGGCUUUGGAUAUGAUUUUCGACAAAGCAAUAGGUUGCAGGAAACAAUGGAUCGGCUUGCUACGAAGUUGGAAUCAAUUUAUAAUGCUGCCGGAGGGAAAAAGAUAAACCUCAUAAGUCAUUCUAUGGGUGGUCUUUUGGUGAAAUGUUUCUUGUCCCUGCAUAGUGAUAUUUUUGAGAAAUAUGUUAAGAAUUGGAUUGCAAUUACUGCGCCGUUCCAGGGUGCACCUGGAUGUGCCAAUUCUACCUUUUUAAAUGGAAUGUCAUUUGUGGAAGGAUGGGAGCAAAACUUUUUUAUUUCCAAAUGGAGCAUGCACCAGUUGCUGAUUGAAUGUCCAUCGAUAUAUGAACUGAUGGCCUGUCCUAAUUUUCAUUGGCAACACAUUCCUGUUCUGGAAUUGUGGCGUGAGAGACUUCAUUCGGAUGGGAAAUCUCAUGUUAUUCUGGAGUCAUAUCCGCCAUGUGAUAGUGUCGAGAUUUUCAAGCAAGCUCUUUUAAACAACAAACUUAAUUAUGAUGGCGAGGAAUUGCCUCUGCCCUUCAACUUAGAGAUUUUGGAAUGGGCAAACAAAACACGGGAGAUUCUAUCUUCUGCCAAACUUCCGCAGGGUGUUAAAUUUUACAAUAUUUAUGGGACCAAUCUUCAGACCCCUCAUAGUAUUUGCUAUGGAAAUGCAGACAAGCCUGUUUCAGAUCUGCACGAGUUACGUUAUUUACAGCCCAGAUUUGUGUGUGUUGAUGGUGAUGGAACAGUUCCAGUAGAGUCAGCUAAGGCUGACGGCUUCAUUGCGGAAGAAAGGGUUGGAAUACCAGGGGAGCAUCGAGAGAGGCAUACAGAAAAGGGUAUAGUAGUAACAUCCCUUAAAGAGGAAUGGGAAAUCAUAUCCAAUGACCAAGAUGGUCAAAGCAAUACUGGUGACGAAAUGUCCUUGGGCUCAAUAUCAGUUUCUCAAGAAGGAGCCAAUAAAUCGCAUUCUGAGGCUCAUGCAACUGUCUUUGUUCACCCUGGCAAUGACGGUAAACAGCACAUUGAACUGAAUGCACUAGCUGUUUCAAUUGAUGCCUCAUGA